AUGUCUCAUGCAAAUGAAGCUCGAAUGCAAACAUUACAUGAUACAAAUACAAAUCAUCCGUCAGGAGAAAAUAUUGAUCCGGAAUUAUAUCAAUUAAAAAUUCAAUUAGCAGCUAUACAAGAACAACAGCGUUUACAAACAUUAAUGAUAAAACAAUUUCAACAACAAUUAAAAGUUUAUCAACAAAAACAAAAUCAUGUUGAAAAUGAAGAAAAUGUUGAAACACAACAAAGAUAUUCAUGUACUAUUUGUAAUCAUAAUUUUCCUUCUCGUUCAACAUUACAAAAGCAUAUCGAACAACAUCGAGAUAAACUACAUAAAGUAAUAUCGCCGGUAGCAAUCGAUGAUGAUAAUAAUAAUAAUAAUAAAAAUAAAAAUAAUGAUGAAGAAGAAGAAGAAGAGGAAGAAGAAGAAACCGUACAAGAAAUAGAUGAAGACGAUGACGACGAAGAAGAAGAUGACGAUAGAAGAGGUGGAUUAAUAAUUCAAACUGAAGAGGAUGACCGAUCAGCAACAUCUCCACUUGAUUUAUCAACUAGUGAUCAUCUAUCAUCAACAUCAUUAAAAUCCGAUGAAGAACAACAAAUUUCAUCAUCAUCAUCAUCAUCAAUACAAUUUCAAAUGGAAGAACAUGAAGGUGAACCCGAAGAUCCGAAUAUGGCCAAACUGAAAGAUAUGAUUGAAAAACUCGAACGAACAACGAAUAAAAGUGAUUCAAAUGAAUGUGUUGUUUGCAAACGUAUAUUAUCAUGUCAAAGUGCACUUAAAAUGCACUAUCGUACACAUACAGGUGAACGUCCAUUUCGAUGUCGAAUAUGCGCACGAGCAUUCUCUACUAAAGGAAAUCUUAAAACACAUAUGAAUGUUCAUCGUACUACGGAUGAUAGUGGAACAACAAAAUCUAAAUCGUGUUCAAUUUGCCAAAAGCAAUUUAAUACUAUUGAACAAUUACGUUCACAUUUAAAAGAACAUCUUACUGAUCCUAAUAAUGCAUCAUUAGCUGAAGAAGCUUUACGUUUAAUUGAUUCUGAACGUUCGUUAUCAAGUAUUGAUGACGAAUCGCAAAUAGAUGUUCAACGUGAUAGUCAAUCAGUCAAACGUGAAGAAGUUGAAGAAGAUGAUGAUACAAAAUCAUCAGCUAUUUCGAAUUCUUUAGCUGCAGCUAUCGCCGCUGCUGCAUCGACAUAUUCAAAUGGAAAUUUAACGAAUCACUUAUCACCAUUUAAUUUAUUUAAUCCACAAUUUUUUCCAAAUCUAGCUGCUAGUACAUUUCCAUUUUUAGCCGCUGCUGCAGCCUUUAAUAAUACCAAUAAUUCGAAUACAUCUAUAAACGAUGAACAUAAAGAUAAUAGUAUGAGUGAAAGUGGUGAAGAUCUGUCUAUGUCAUCAAAAAUGUUGGUUGACGAUGGAUCAAUAAAUGAAAAAAAUCAUUCGAGACGUUCAUCAUCGAUUUUACAACAUAUAUGUAAUGUUUGUUCAAAAAAUUUUUCAUCCGCUUCCGCUUUACAAAUACACAAUCGAACACAUACAGGUGAAAAACCAUAUAAAUGUGAUGUUUGCGGUCGAGCAUUUACAACAAAAGGAAAUCUAAAAGUCCAUACGGGUACACAUAUGUAUCAUACACAAACAAGUCCAACUAUGGUUCAUAGUGGAGUAGCAGCAGCCCGACAACGGCGACGAUACGAUUUUCAUCCAUAUUCAGUUAAUAUAGCUGAUGUAGGAAAAUCGAUAACAUCAUCGCCAUCAUCAACAAUAAUUAAAAGUGAAUCUUGA